UGGGAUUCCAGUUAUUUUCUGCAAUAUGGGUAGAUCUUCAGGAACAUGAAUUGUUAGUUGGAAUUUUGAUUAGGCAGCCAUGCAGUUAUUUAGCAAUAUUUUUUGGAAACUAAACAAGGCCUUAGUUUACUUUCUAACCAGCAUGUGGAUUGGACAGUAGUUGGUUGUACAAUUUUUUUGGAAUAAUAGACCUUGUAUGUUUAGAUGGAAAAAUCGGAAAAGGUUGUAUCAAAAUAGGAUUCCUUUGCUGCCAAAGUUUUCAAUGAUAUCUGCUGCGAAGAAGUUCUUGCCCACAAUCGCCCUCAACAAUGUUUGAACAAUGUGGGAUAUGCAAAUCUGGUUCGGAAAUUUUAUGAACGAACCAAAAGGCCAUAUACUGAAGGGCAAAUGAAGAACCGAUGGGAUGUACUGAAAAAAAGUAUACACAAUGGAAGACCUUAAACUUGAGAGCCACCGGAUUGGGAAGGGAUCCCAAUACUGGUUGUAUUGUUGCUGAUGAUGAUUGGUGGAAGGAACAAGAAAAUGCCAUGCCAGGAUGUACUUCUAAUUUCAGAUUUUUACCAUUUGAGCAUGAGGACCAAAUGAGAAUAAUGUUUGAAGCUGUUAUAGCUACAAAUGAGACCUCUUAUGUUCCAACUGGGCAUGGCAAUGAUGAUGAAAUUGGGGAGGGUGAUGUUGCCGGUAAUGAUGUUGCUGGUAAUGAUGAUGGAGAGAUAGGUGGGAUUGGAACUAGUACAGAGAGGAGAGCAGGAAAAAGGGCUGCACAUCACUCACCUAAGGGAAAGAAGAAGAAGACUUUCAGAGACCAAUGCAUGAAGCGUUUGGUUGAAGCAUAUGAGAUUAAAGCUCAGAGUAGUAAACAGUCUGCUACUUCACAAGUUGUUGAUCUUGUUAGAGAUGAGAUUGGAAGUAUGUUGGAGCAAGUCUUAAUGAUGGGGUUGAGGAAGGGAGUGAUGGACACUUCUAUGCUACACAACUUCUUACCAAGAAGGAGAACCGUGAUGUCUUCAUUACACUGAAGACACCAAAUGGAAGGCUGAGUUGGCUAAGGAGGGCAUGGGAGAACAGGAAGAAGCAUUAGUGUGUUUUUUUAUUGUCCUUAAGUUGGUUUUGUGAGACAUUUUCCUUGCAUCCUUAAGUUUGAUGUGUGUGAUACUGGAGUAUUUGUUUCAUAAGACAUUUAUCAGUUAUGUUGUACCAAUAAAAAUUUGGCUUGCUAAUUGUUACUUUUUACAGGCUUUCAUUA